AUGGGCUUGUCAACUAUCGUAUCCAAACCAAACCAAAGGACGUGGUGGAAGGAUGCAGCGAUUUACCAAAUUUGGCCAGCGAGCUUUAAAGACUCCAACGCCGAUGGUCUUGGUGAUAUUCAAGGCGUAAUCGACAGCCUCGACCAUAUCUGCAGCCUCGGUGUUGAUGCAAUAUGGCUAUCUCCUAUUUUUGAAAGUCCCCAAGUUGACUUGGGAUAUGAUAUUUCAAAUUAUGAAAGGAUACAUGAACCAUAUGGGACAAUAUCUGACGUUGAAACCCUUAUUCGCGAAUGUCAUAACCGAGGGCUACGGGUAUUGUUCGAUCUUGUUAUUAAUCAUACUUCAGACCAGCAUGCAUGGUUUAAAGAAUCCCGGUCGUCAAAUUCCAGCGAGAAACGUAACUGGUAUAUAUGGCGUCCUCCAAAGUAUGAGGACGGGCAACGCAGACCUCCGAAUAACUGGCAGUCCUUUUUCGGGGGCAGUGCAUGGGCAUGGGAUGACACAAGACAAGAAUAUUAUCUCCAUUUGUUCGCGGAAAACCAACCAGACGUCAAUUGGAAUUGCCGAGAGCUUCGCACGGCACUUUAUCAGAGCGCUAUAGUAUUCUGGCUGGACAAAGGAAUUGACGGUUUUCGGAUAGAUGCUAUGGGUGUUUGGAGUAAAGAUCAAUCAUUUCCAGAUGCACCCGAAACAGAUCCAUGCGCGCCUUUCAAUCACCAGCCCCAGACAUUGGAAAUUCUUCAUGAGAUAAAUAGCAUUCUAUCGCGGUACGGUGAUAUCAUGACGGUAGGGGAAUUUGGCAGCCUGGACGAUACGUCGAUCGCAUUGAAAUACGUUAGCGCUCAUGAAAAUCGGGUGGGGAUGGGCUUUCAGUUCGAAAGCGCGUGUAUAGGCUACUCCCUAAGCUCCUUCGACGUCAAGCCAUUCACCCUUCUCGACUUCAAGAAGCCUUUUGCUAAAUGGCAGCAAUUCAUUCUUGGUAAUGAUGGAUGGACUACCAUGUUUCUGGAAAAUCAUGAUGUCGCACGAUCUGUCUCCCGUUUCACAUCAGAUCAUCCCAACUUCCGAGUUGCCGCUGCCAAAAUGCUGGCAAUGAUGCAUGUCACAGCCACAGGCACAUUAUUCUUAUAUCAAGGCCAAGAAAUCGGUAUGACAAACAUUCCUGCUCACUGGCCUAUCGAGGAAUACAAAGACAUCUCAACCCAACGCUACUGGAACUCCAUGACAACAGCAACAAGUGGUUCUGAAACCGACCAAUUAUCAGGUCGCCGGAAGCUGGCAAUGGCUAACAUCCUCAAAGUGGCUCGUGACCAUUCCCGGACACCUGUACAGUGGAACAACUCUCCGCAUGCCGGGUUUACUACAAGCCCAAGUGGCCCAUGGAUGCGAGUAAAUGAUAACUUUGUUGACAUCAAUAUCUCCCAACAGAAUCAAGACACGGACAGCGUGCUAUGCUAUUGGAGAAAGUUGAUUGCACUACGGAGAGAAUAUAUUGAUCUUUUCGCUCAUGGCGCAUUUCGAUAUGUCGACGAGGCUAACUCUGAGAUAAUGAGUUAUGUAAAGACAUUCGACAAGCAAUCUGCAUUAGCUGUAUUAAAUUUUACAGCCAUGGACCGGGUAUAUAGAGUACCUGAGGAUUUUCGUACGAUGCACUUACACAAGACGAAUUAUUCAGAUGUGCGAGAAGGUAUACUCCAGCCAUUUGAGUGUCGUUUAUACGUAAAUGCGUCAUGA